AUGCCUGCGAUGCAAGGAACGAAGCGUCUGGUCGGCGGGUGGCUGAUCGCCGCCAUCACCUCCGUAUGCUCGUCGGGGUUUCUCUUGUUCGGCUACGACCAGGGCGUCAUGUCCGGUGUCGUGAUCUCCAAGUACUGGCUGGCGCAGAUGGACCACCCGAGCUCGCUCAUGGUCGGCACCAUGACGGCGCUGUACGACGUGGGCGCCGUGUUUGGGGCCAUCGGCGCCGCCCUGACCGGCGAGCAGCUCGGUCGGAAGAGGACCCUGCUUCUGGGGACAUCGGUGCUGAUCGUCGGCACGAUCCUCAUGGCAAGCAGCUACGAACGCAUCCAGUUCAUGGUCUCGCGCGUCUGCACGGGCAUCGGUAUCGGGUACAUCACGUCGGUCACGCCCGUGAUGCAGGCCGAAGUCAGUGCCGCUGCCCAACGCGGCUGGCAGGUGUGCUGCCAGCUCACCACCAUGCUCGGCGGGCUGAUGAUGGCCUACUGGAUCAACUACGGCUUCUUCUUCGUGCACAGCAGCGCGCAGUGGCGGUUCCCCUUGGCGUUCCAGCUCGUCUUUGCCAUGUACAUCAUGCUGGUCGCACCCUGGCUGCCCGACACCCCGCGCUGGCUCAUGCGACACCGCACCCCGGCGGAAGGGCUCACGGUCCUCGCGCGGCUACGGGGACGGGAUGAAAAGGACCCGCUCGUGCAGAUGGAGAAGGACGAGAUCAUGGAGGCCAUCGCCAUCGAAGCACAGGAGGAAGGAUCGUGGGCAGACUUGUUCCGCAACAACGGCAUCUCGGCCAACAAGCGAUUCUACCUCGCGCUGGGCAUCCAGUUCAUGCAGCAGAUGUCGGGCAUCAACAUUGUCACGUACUACGCGCCGACGCUGUUCACCACGUCACUGAACAUGACGCAGGAGAUGUCGAUCCUGAUGGGCUGCUUCCUGCAGCUGUGGUACAUCAUCGCGUCGUUCCUGACCUGGUACACGAUCGACCGCGUGGGCCGACGGCUGCUGUUCAUCUCCAUGGCGCUGGGCAUGUGUUUGGUGCUGGUGGCCGAGGCCAUCGCCGUCAACCGCAUCGAGGCCGCCGACUACCACGACACCGCGGCCGGCGUCGCCGCCGUCUUCUUCGUCUUCGCCUUCGAGGCCUGCUUCACCUGGGGCUGGAUGGCCACCGUCUGGGUCUACCCGCCCGAGAUCCUGCCGCUGAAGAUCCGCGCCAAGGGGGCCGCACUGGCCGCCGGUGCGGACUUUUUGGGCAAUUUCCUCGUCGUCGAGGUUACGCCGGACGGUGUCAAAAACCUCGGCUGGAAAUUCUACAUCGUCUGGGCGGUGCUGAACCUGGUUAAUGCCAUCAUCGUGUGGCUCUUCUACCCCGAGACGGGCGGCCAGCCGCUCGAGGCGAUCGACAGACUCUUCGCGGACAAAGAGCAGCGGCGCCGCGCCUCCUCGACGCUAGGCGGUGGCGUCGUAUCGCCCGAUGACGACAGCGACGAAGCCGACACCUCGGGACUCGCCGACGACGGCAAGAAGCCCAGCCUCCUGAGCAGAUUGCAGUGGAGCAUCGUGCGCAAGGCCGAUCGGCAGGUCAAAGCGUACCGGCGCGAUGCGGCGGCGGCCCGCCGCAGACGGCGACGCGUCUCGGACAUGACGGCCGUGUCGGACACCACCACCGCGCGGGACGGCUACGACAACGACGACGAGGAAGAACGCCAGGGUCGCCGAGCUCGAGGAGGGAAAGUCCUCGAGGACCAGCGCGAAGUCGUGGUCCAGAAGUGA